AUGCUGACUUCACAGACACUCCUGCCCUGUGGUGUACACAGAUGCUUGCAGACGGUGAACCUGUCGUACAACGUGGUCUCGACACUGAGCGACGGCAUGUUGGCGUCGCUGGACAGCGUAGAGGUGGUGGACCUGAGGGGGAACCCCGUGGACUGCGGCGAGUGCGCGCUGCUGCGGCUGCGCACGUGGUUGCUGACCACGCCCGCCCACGUGCUGCCGCUGGGCCCCGGGGACGACUCGGCGGCGCUGACGUGCGCGCGGCCGCCGCUGCUGGCGGGGCACCCGGUGGGGCAGGCGCCGACUCGGCCCUCGGCUUGCGCGCAGCGGCCGCGGACGCGGCCGCCGGCGCCUUCCACAGGCGGCCCUCCGCUGCUGGCGGCCGUGCUGUCGGGCCUCGCCGCCUGCGCCGCGCUGCUGCUGGCCGCCGCCGCCUGCUACCGCUACCGCUUCGAGAUCGCCUACACCGCGCACCUGCUCAGGCUGCGCAAGCGGGCCCGCCGGAGGCGUCGCGACGCCGGCGCCACAGGCGUCGAUGACUUCCUGUUCGACGCGUUCAUCCUCUACAGCGGCAGCGACCGCCCUUGGGUGGUAGGCACGCUGGUUCCACUGCUGGAGAACGGACCACAGCGCUAUCGCAUCUGCCUUCAUGAGCGAGACUUCCAGUUGGGCACCGUCAUUGUCCAGAAUAUCUCCAGCUCCAUGGACCGCAGUCGGCACACCAUCGUCGUCCUCUCGAAGAGCUUCCUGUCCAGCCGGUGGUGCCUGUGGGAGAUGGACUUGGCGAACCACCGUACGCUGGACCCGUCGCAGCGCGAGUUCAUCAUCCUGCUGGAGCUGGAACCGCUGGAACGUUCGGCGCUGCCGCGGCACCUGCGGUUCCUCAUGGACACCCGUACCUACCUGGAGUGGCACCAGGCGGGCGACGUCCAGUACGAGGAGCAGGCACUCCGCCGACUCAAGAGGGCGCUGGGAGCCAGCUGCUUCACCUGCUCUGACGCCAGCCGCUGCUGACAGCAUGUGUGCCAGGGGUCACCUCACUGCCAGAGCCAUCUGGACUGCAGCGGUUGUGGUCACAAUCAAACUUGCAGUCAGAUCAGAGCCGCAGACAGACAGUAUUCAGCACCCACGUCAAAUACCAAAUAAUGUCUGCAGUACACCAGUGCCUUUCAACAUCCCUAUAGCCACUAUACCUCCUAAACUAAAUCACCACUCGAUGAACAUGUGUGCUAGGUAUCGUCGCACAAGCCAUAGAAAAAGGAAUGUUGAUCUGUCAGGCAUGAAACACAUCUGUUGUCUUUUUGCAAAGAUAACAUUCUCCAACAGCGCAGGUACUUUGACAGGCAGAGAUAGCUGUUCAUUUUGUCCAGUUCACUGAAUGGCCAUGAGAGUUUGCCACCAACGAUUUCUGCCUACUAAAUAAAACGCAAUGCCUUGCUUAUGUGUUGGCACCAGGAAUUGCACCUGCCCAUACAUAUAGCUACUAUGGCGAUUUAUUAUCCCAUUCUGCGUGAAUCCCGCCCCCUCGCAAAGUGAAACCAAUGUGCGAACUGUUCAUCUUUAACAUUCAUUAAGUGGUGAGCGAGUUGCUGAGUUCGGGAAGAGAAUAAGAUACUAACAUUACCUACUGGAAAGAUAUGGAUUGAGGUUAUCCCCAAGAGAAAAUAAAAGCAUUGAAGCAUUAUGUUGUGUGAAUUAGAAUAAUCUCAUUACUACAAUCAUUGUUAUUUCUAUUAUAGUUUUUACAAAACUACUAAUCUGUGAUAAUGCUUCAUGUUCAUAAUGUAUUGCUUAAAAUGUAAUUUUCACUUGCCUUCUGAAAUAAAUCUUUUUACUAAUC